AUGAAUCCUGAAUUUGACUUGAGCAAUAGUAAUAGCGACAUUAAUGGCAGCGGCAAGAAUAAAUAUAAACUACCUUCGAAUGAACAAGAUGUUGAUAGAUAUCAACGACUUCAUUACGCAUGGCGUUUAGUAUGGGAAACUAAUUAUUCGGCACCUGUCGGACACAUUUUAAAAAACAGAAACAAUGUGAGGAUUCUGGAUGUGGGAUGCGGAUCGGGCGUAUGGUUAUUAGAAAUGGCAUCAAAAUACCAAAAUGCCAAUUUCUUUGGAGUUGAUAUUGUCAAAUCUUUUCCCACAGAAAUUAAACCACCAAAUGUCAAAUUUCAAAAAGCAAAUUUGCUAGAUGGUUUACCAUAUCAGACAGAGGAUUUUGAUUUCAUUAUCGUUAGAAAUCUGCAGAUGGAAUUUACAGUAACUGAAUGGUGUGAUAUUAUUCUGCCAGAGUUGCAACGUGUACUAAAAUCUGGCGGAUUCAUUGAAUCAAAUGAAUAUAUAUGGAAUAUUGACGGAAUGGGAACAGCAUUUAAUCUUCUUUUCAAUGCAUGGAAAUCAAACUACAAAGAACGUGACAUUGAAAUUCACAUUGCGAAACUGUUGCCUGAUUGGCUACAAACCACCACUACUUUCACGAACAUACAACAAGAGACACGGUCACAUCCACUUGGCAUCUCUGGCGGAGAAGUAGCAAAAUCGUUCCAAGAAAUCAUACUGAAUGAUUUUCGUACAAACAAGUCACGAUUGUUGUCACAAAUGAACAUUAACUCAAAAAAAUAUGAUAGUGCCGUAACGCUGAUCGAACAGAAAUUUGAGAGUGAUUGCAGCCGCGAUGAUGGUGAUUGCGAAGUCAAGUUAUAUCGAACUUGGGCUCAAAAAAUUUAA